CAUGCUUUACCUAUGUAGUUAUAUUUAAUGAGAUUUUGAAACUGCUUGUAUCCUGCCAGAGUUACGAAUACGUCGAUAUGAACAGAAUUAACAAUGUCAUAACAGUUGGAUGUGAGACGGAGCUGAGGACAACAACGAAUUCUAUAUUUCCUAUACAAGUAUGAAUUAUAACUGCAUUAAAAUUUUAUAACGAUAUACCAUAAUUCAUAGUCUGUCAGCAGUCAGAGACUUUGGUAUAUCCAUACUUAACUGCAAUGUGUACUGCUUUUUUUCAUUUCGUUCCACAUAUAACACGAUAUUAUAUUCAUUGUCAUAUAAAAUUCGCAAAACAGGAAAAAGAACGGAAUCGUCCAUAUAAUUUCAUGAAAUUAUUAUUAGCCAUCGGAAUUAUUGCAAGCAACUCGAUAUUGCUGUAAUUAUAUAGCAGUCGAAUACGAAGAGGAAAGCUAGGCAGGGAACAUUGCGUGUGUAGUUGUAUCAUAUGGCUAUAGACAUUGUAAAGUUUGUCGGAGUUUUAUAAAAUUGUUAAAAAUAUCAGCGUACACAAGCUCGACAUUUUUUAAACAAUUAAAUUUGUUCUGAUUUAAUUCCAGUUAUAUGUGACUAUACCACGGAUUAUAAAAUUAUAUUUUGCAAAUAAACACUAAACAAGAAAGUUUGAAAAAUGCGAGCCAUGCAGUUUCCAUUAAAAAUCCUUAUGGUGGCGGGAUGUUGGCCGCCAGUUUCCUGGUCCUCACUGUGCAAGCGAACAGUAUAUAAUGGAUAUACGAUUUUCGUAACUUUAAUGUUGGUCACCUUCAUGUUUCCGCAAAUCAUGGACAUCAUUUUGAAUGUCGACAAUGCUGAUGAUUUUACGGAAACUUUUUAUGUUAUGUUGGCCACUGUUAUCGCUUCGUGCAAGAUGUUUAGCUUGUUGCUAAAUCGCAAGAACAUCAAGAUAUUAACCGACACAUUGGCCGAGAAACCAUUUAGACCACUGGAACCAGAUGAAAUAGAAAUACGACAGAAAGUUGAAGACACAAUACGGACUAAUAGUAUAUGGUAUAUAUUUUUGGUUGAAAUAACAUGUGCGUGCAUAAAUCUGACAUCCUUGCUCACGAAAUUCCGGAGAGGAGAUUUAACGUAUAGAGAGUGGACACCGUAUGAAUAUUCCAGUGUAAUGUAUUAUAUUACGUAUUUUCGCCAAUUAAUAAGUUUGUCAACUGCAGCUAUCGUGAACGUCGCUUGUGACUGCAUAAUUUGCGGAUUGUUGGUACACAUUUGCUGCGAGAUCGACAUUUUGAAAUAUCGGCUAAGGAAAUCCUUGCGUAACCGAACCGAUUUCAGGGAAUGUGUACGUCAGCACGACAGUAUCUAUAAGUUCGCAUAUACGAUCAAUGAAAACUUCAGGAUUAUACUCGCUAUUCAGUUUGCAGUGAGUACGCUGGUAGUAUGUUCCAAUAUGUAUCAAAUUGCAAGAACAUCGUUGAGCGCAGAAUAUAUCCCACUAAUGUUAUAUACAUCCUGUAUGUUUACACAAAUUCUGAUCUACUGCUGGUACGGUAACGAAGUGAAAUUAAAGAGCGUUCAACUUGCUAAUGAAAUUUUUGAGAUGGACUGGAUAACAGUGGAUAAAGAAGUGAAAGAGGGUCUUAUGAUGAUAAUGAAUCGCUCUCUGGUGCCUAUCGAAUUUUCUAGUGCACAUAUUUUUACAGUAAAUUUAGAUUCUUUCGUCAAGGUUGGAAAUAAAUUUACUCUUACGGCAGUAAACUACUAUAUAAAUAUACUUCAGAAAUGUAAGAAUGGAUGAUUUUCAGAUACUUAAGGCAUCAUAUUCGGCAUAUAGCAUACUUCAACAAAUGAAGUAAAUAAAAAGGAAGGAAGUAAAAAGUAGUAAUACUGUUAAAGGAUGAAAAAAUAGGAAUAUUUAAAAUGUGGACAUGCAGUGCAAAGAGAAUGUUAAAGGACAAAAGUGUUAAAGAUAUCUGAUAAUAAUAAUAAUAAUAAUAAUAAUUUUCUGCGCAAUUGCAUAUCAUAUAAAUAGAGGGAAUAUUAUUAUAAUAAAUUAUGGAAAAUGUAAUUAAUGUAAUAAAUAUCGAAAUGCAGUCUAAAGGAUAUUAUUUA